UCUGUUGGCGCCAAAUCCACUCUCCUCUCCCGCCAUUUUCCAACCCCUCAAAAAACCAUUCCCCAACUCCACCAUAGCGCUCUAAACCCUCCGUCUCCGGGAGAGAGAGAGAGAGAGAGAUGGAAGACGAGCAACAAAGUGUCGCCGGCCAGCGCAGGAACCGAGGAGCCGCCUCGACGGCGCGUCUGGAGGGGUUGCGGCGCCUCAAGGCCCUCCGCGCCGGUGGUAGGAGAGCGGAGUCAGCCGUGCAGAUCAAGAUCGAGGAUCCGAUCUACGAUGUGGUCGAAGAGGACGAGUACGACAAGCUCGUGGCCAAGCGCCGCGAAGAAGUCAGGGGAUUCAUCGUCGACGACGGCGGCCUCCUUGGCUAUGCCGACGAUGGCGAGGAAGAGGACUGGACCAGAGCCGGACCCAAUUGCUCCUCCGAUGAAGAACCAGAAGGAGAGAAGGUCAAGAAAAAGAGGACGGAGAAGAAGGAUCCGGUGGCGAAGAAACCUGCACCAUCUUCGCUAUCUGCAGCAGCCGCAAUGAUGGGAAAGCACCGGUUGUCUUCAAUGUUUACGUCUUCUGUUUUCAAGAAGAACAGCGGUAGAGAUGAUAAGACAAAGACACUGUCUUGCGAUACAAUCGUGGAUGAUAUAAUUGCGGAAUUUGCCCCAGAUGAAGCUGAUAGAGAGCGUCGCAGGACUGGGCAUCCAAAUGGGAGGGGUUCGGUAUCAGUAGGCAAUGUGAAAGUUGAAAGGGCAACCGUUGAUUGCAUUGGUUUCACAGAUAAGCCUAAUCUGGGGAAUGUGGGUGUCAGCCAUGAUCUUGAGCUGGUUUCAGGGGAUAUAUCGAAUUCAAUUCUAGAUAAUGAGUUGAUUAAGGAGUCAAAAGAGGAAACAGCAUCGAUAUUCCAGGAACAAUCGGUACAGUUGGAUGAGUCUGAUAUAAAGGAAGGACCAGUUGAGGAUAGCAUGCCAAGGCUCGUUGAUGUCAAAUCAGAAGCAGAAAUGAAGGAGGAGGUUCACACUCUGAAUGCCAAGAUCACAGAGGAGAAGGAUCCAAGAUCAAGUGCAACUGCAGGAUGGAAAGCGGUGAUAAGUGAAGGAUUAGAAAACAGGGGCAGUGGUGCUGGCGUAAUUAACAAUGGUGCAAUCAGUGAGGAAAAAUUGGAUUUCGAGCUGAACUUGGAUGGGACACUGCCCUUUUACAUAUUUGAUGCACAUGAGGAGAUUUAUGGUGCUAACGCUGGAAACCUCUAUUUGUUUGGGAAGGUGAAAUCGGGGGGAACAUACCAUAGUUGCUGCGCUGUUGUAAAGAAGAUGCAAAGAUGUGUAUAUGCAGUUCCAAAUGCCUCUGUUUUUGACAGUUACGAAACAAUGAAGCUUGAGAAAGAUGUUGAGGAGUCUCGGAUUUCUCAAGCAGAUUUCCAUGCAAAGUUGCUUGAUCUGGCUCCAGGGCUGAAGAAUGAAGUAGUAAAGCAAUUGGUAGAUCUCAAUGUCUCUACUUUUAGCAUGACAAUGGUUAAGAGGAGAUAUGCAUUCGACCGAUCUGAUAUACCUCUUGGGGAGAAUUAUGUCCUCAAGAUCAAUUACCCAUUCAAGGACCCACCUUUGUCAGCAGAUCUCAAAGGCGAAACUUUUGCCACUUUGCUUGGAACUCACUGCAGUGCUUUGGAGCUUUUUCUAGUUAAGAGGAAGAUAAAAGGACCUUCAUGGUUGUCGGUAUCAAAUUUUUCCUCUUCUCCAGCUGCUCAGCGGGUGAGCUGGUGUAGAUUUGAGGUUACUAUCAACUCUCCCAAAGACAUAGCGAUGCCAUCUUCUUCAAAAUAUAUGAUAGAGAUUCCUCCCAUGGUGGUUACAGCAAUCAACUUGAAAACAAUUAUGAAUGAGAAGCAGAAUGCUCAUGAAAUUGUCUCAGCAUCUAUCAUCUGCUGUCAGAAGGCCAAGAUUGAUACUCCCAUGUUGGCCUCAGAGUGGAAAAGACCUGAUAUGCUGAGAUACUUUACUGUUUUGCGUAAGCUUGACGGUGGCAUAUUUCCAAUGGGAUUCACCAAGGAGGCUGAUGAGAAGAACUCAAAGGCAGGAGCAAUAACAAUAGGCUUCGAAAGCAGUGAAAGAGCUCUUUUAAACCGUCUGAUGACUGAAUUACACAAGCUGGAUAGUGAUGUUCUUGUUGGACAUAACAUUUCUGGAUUUGACCUGGAUGUGCUUCUCCAUAGAGCCCAGGCAUGCAGAGUUCCCAGCAUCAUGUGGUCCAAAAUUGGUCGUCUGAAGCGCUCUGUGAUGCCUAAGCUUACAAAAGGAAGCACUUUAUUUGGAUCCGGAGCAAGUCCUGGGAUCAUGUCAUGUAUUGCUGGCCGGCUUCUAUGCGACACAUAUUUGUGUUCUCGGGACUUACUGAAAGAGAUCAGUUAUUCCUUGACACAACUUGCAAAGACUCAGCUCAAUAAAGAUCGUAAGGAGAUUGCACCUAAUGAUGUCCCAAGAAUGUUCCAAACUUCAGAGUCUCUCAUGCAACUCGUUGAGUAUGGUGAGACGGAUGCAUGGUUGUCGUUGGAGCUCAUGUUUCAUUUGAGCAUUCUUCCUCUCACACGUCAACUAACCAAUAUAAGUGGAAACCUCUGGGGGAAGACUCUGCAAGGUGCCAGGGCUCAGAGAGUAGAAUAUCUACUGUUGCAUGCAUUCCAUGCGAAAAAAUAUAUUGUUCCCGACAAAAAUUCAUUUCGCUCAAAGGAAACAAAAUUGGCGAAACGGAGAAGCAAUCAUGGUGUUGAAGACCAAAAUGUGGAUGGAGUGGAUACUGAAGAACCUCAGAAUGAUGAGCACGUGAAGGGGAAAAAAGGUCCUGGAUACUCUGGUGGGCUAGUCCUGGAGCCCAAAAAAGGUUUUUAUGACAAAUACAUAUUGCUUCUGGACUUCAAUAGUCUUUACCCUUCUAUCAUUCAGGAGUAUAACAUCUGUUUUACCACAGUAGAAAAACAAACUGACGGAUCUAUCCCCCGUUUGCCAUCCAGUAAAAUAGCAGGAGUUUUACCCGAGUUGCUUAAAAACUUGGUUGAAAGGAGGAAGUUGGUAAAGCAAUGGAUGAAAAAAGCAACUGGUCUCAAGGUCCAGCAGUUUGACAUUCAACAGCAAGCACUUAAGUUAACAGCCAACAGCAUGUAUGGAUGUCUUGGAUUUUCUAAUUCGAGAUUUUAUGCAAAGCCUCUUGCAGAACUUAUAACGCUACAGGGAAGGGAGAUUCUACAAAGUACCGUUGAUCUUGUCCAGAAUAAUCUGAACUUAGAGGUAAUUUAUGGUGAUACAGAUUCAAUAAUGAUAUACAGUGGACUCGAUGAUAUCAGCAAAGCAAAAGCAACUGCAGGGAAAGUCAUACAAGAGGUUAACAAAAAGUAUAGGUGCUUGGAAAUAGACCUUGAUGGUUUGUACAAGAGAAUGUUGCUUCUCAAGAAAAAGAAAUAUGCAGCCGUCAAAGUGCAAUUCAAAGAUGGAACUCCAUAUGAGGUCAUUGAACGGAAGGGGCUUGAUAUGGUUCGCAGAGACUGGAGCUUAUUAUCAAAGGAAAUAGGAGAUUUCUGCUUGAGUCAAAUCCUGUCAGGAGGGUCAUGUGAAGACGUUAUCGAAUCCAUACAUAACUCCCUCAUCAAGGUGCAGGAGGAUAUGAGAGGUGGACAAGUAGCACUUGAGAAGUAUGUCAUUACAAAGACACUGACUAAACCUCCUGAAGCCUACCCAGAUGCCAAGAACCAACCACAUGUUCAGGUCGCGUUGAGACUGAAGCAAAGUGGGUAUUCUACUGGCUGCUCUGGGGGGGAUACUAUCCCUUACAUAAUUUGCCUGGAGCAGGGCGUCGAAUCAAAUAGCUCAACAGGGAUAGCUCAGCGUGCUAGACAUCCCGAUGAACUGAAAAAGGAUGACGGCAAAUGGAUGAUUGACAUUGAUUACUACUUGUCGCAGCAGAUACAUCCGGUUGUGUCCCGUCUAUGUGCUCCAAUUCAGGGUACGAGCCCUGAGCGUUUAGCCGAUUGUCUAGGUCUGGACUCCUCUAAGUUCCAAAGCAAAUUUAGUGAAACCACAACCAAUGAUACCGGUGGUUCCAUCUUGUCAGCCAUAGAUGAUAAAGAAAGAUAUCGGGACUGUAAGCCUUUGAUCUUGUCAUGCCCCAGCUGCUCUAGUACCUUUGAUUGCCCAGUCAUCUUUACUUCCAUUUGUACAUCCGUUAAUGAACGUUCAACUACCGAACAAGUGGAGCAGUCUUUUAUUAAUUUUUGGCGCACAUUGAGUUGUGCUAAAUGUCCGGCAGGAGAAGAAGCCGGUAGAUUGACUUCUGCGAUGAUAGCUAAUCAGGUUAAAAGACAAGCUGAUGGUUUCAUUUCCCUGUAUUACAAGGGCUUGAUGAUGUGUGAUGAUGAAACUUGCAAGCACUCGACACGCAGUCUGAGCUUACGAGUAAUAGGUGACAGCGAGAGAGGAACUGUUUGUCCAGAAUAUCCUCGCUGCAAUGGGCGUCUGAUAAGAAAGUAUUCGGAAGCAGACUUAUACAGGCAGCUUGCGUACUUCUGCCAUGUAUUGGAUACAGUAUACUGCAUUGAGAAGGUCGACUCUCGCAUAAAAGCCCAAGUAGAGAAGGAGCUGAUCAGAGUUAGGCCUUUGGUCGAUUUGGCAGCAUCAACCAUUCAAAGGAUUCGAGACCGGUGUGCCUAUGGUUGGGUGCAAAUGAACGACCUAUUCAUUGUAUAAUCUCCUGUACAUAGCGAAAUUUUUGAAUCACAACGCAAGCAAUUUGUCAAUACAGAUGCCCGGGAUGUCCAUUGCCUAAUUUGCCUUCCCUAUGUAUCCAUUCAUUUGUAACCUUCCACCAAGCUUGCUUUCAUUUUGGUUGAACUGUCUAAUUCAGUACAGCCUUUCCUGGGACCUUCUUUAAUCCUUUAGGCAAAUGGAUUGGAUAACGUCAUGAUUAUGGAUGAUA